AUGGACUUGUCUGAGCAAGAGCGACCAAAGUCAGAGUCAGCGUUGAGACUAGGGGCUACCUGCCAGUCAAGACUUUCGUGCUUUUCAGCUGUACCCACUCCUGGCGGAGAUUAUAUUGCUAUGGGGGACGUUGUCAUAUUCGUCGUCAGUAUGGACAAGAUUGUAGCGGACAAGAUCACUGAGGGAAGGAUAUACUCAUCUGCGUACGGAGAGUUCCAUCACAAUGAUAUGGUUGGGAAGCCAUAUGGAGCCAAACUGUUUUCCAAGACUAAGACGGGGUUUAUCUUUGCACUGCGCUUUUCUCCGUCUCUCUGGACCCGCUCAAUGGAAAGGCGGACUCAAAUUCUAUUCAUUCCAGAUAUAUCUAUCAUUCUCACACGAUCGAACAUACAGCCAGGAUCUAGAGUGUGUGAGGCGGGAAUCGGGUCAGGGUCAUUGACCCAUCACUUGCUCCAUAGAAUCUAUCCCGGUGGACGUCUCUUCUGUUGUGACAUUGAUGAAUCUCGCGCGAGGCUUGCACAUGAGGACUUGCUGGCUCACUAUUCCUCGCCGAGCUUCUCCGAGCAUCUGCCUAAUGGGCUUGUGGAGUUGGUGGACAUCUCUCACCGAGAUGUUAGCGUGCAUGGCUUUCAGGAAACUGCAGUUGAAAUAGACUUCGUCUUUCUAGAUAUGCCUUGUCCGGAAAAGGUCGUUCCCCAUCUGCAACGAUCGCUUAGAGUGGGAGCUCUGUGCGCUAUCUUUGUUCCUUGCUUGGAGCAGGUUCACACUGCUGUGCAGGCCCUUUGCACACAUGGGUUUGGCGCCUUUGAAACAAUCAAGUCUUUUUCCAUUACAUAUGAAGCAUUUUCACGAUCACUUCCCGUCCCUCCGCUACGGAAGCUUACUAAAAAUUCUAAAAAUGAUUCUACUGACGGUUCUCAGCAAAAGCGAGGAGGUGUGAGGGCUCAUGUCACUGCGGACGUGGUUGACACCGUAAAAUUCAGCGGUCUUACGCCUACAAAGUUUAUGCGAACACACACGGGCUUUCUGCUCUUUGCUAAUUACUUUGGUUAG